GAUACUAAACCACUACGCGGUUCCUACCCAAAUAAUUUAUUAUUAUUAAAUCCGGAUAAAAUCCGGAUUGAAGAUUUAAAAAAAAAAAUCUGGAUUUGUAAUCCUCUUUUUCAAAUAAAUAUCUGUUAUCCUCUUUAUAUCCGGAUAUAUCCGGAUUCUAUAGACCGGAUCUAA